AUGGGGUCAGAUCGGACCUGGGACAGACACAUUUCAGAUGUGGAGUGUCACUUGAACAAUGCGUACAAUAAGACUAUAGGUGAUACACCUUUCCACGUUUUGUUCGGGUACUAUCCAAGUUUCAGGGAUGGUGUACUGCAUCAUGUCACAAAAGUUGAUGAAUGGGAUUCAACAGCAGAGAUCCAAAGUAAGAUACGAGAGCGCAUUACAAAGGAACACCAGAUGUGGAAGCAACGAUAUGACUCCAGACAUGUUAAACCAAUGCAGUAUAGUAUUGGAGAAGUGGUGUUCAUAAGGAAGCCACCGGAUGCUACAGGAGAGUCGACCAAACUACAGUUUAAGUAUCGAGGGCCGCUAGUGAUAACAGAUGUAUUACCUAACGAUACGUACCGAGUGUCAGCACUACGGACAGAGGCUGGUAAACGUUAUGCAACAGUAGUACAUGUGUCACACAUAAAAGGAUAUCAUUUACCUGACAAUGAAGAACCAUUCGACGGGAACAAAGAUAACGAACAAGAAGAUGUACCAACCGCUGUAAACGAAGAGGUAGAGCAGACUGAGUCUGUCAAGAUACAUUCCAAGCGAGAGAGGAAAGCUCCUGUUUGGCAUGCAUCGUACAAGAUGUGA